UUGCCAGGCAAUUAUGAAAACAAAAUUUAGCUUUUCAUUUUAUUUAGCCCGAUUGCAUAUUAUUAAUAUUAUGCUGCAUUGAAAAUAAUUGAUAACAUUGACAUGUUCCUGAUUUGAAUUACAGAGGAGUGUCUUAGUAAAAAUAAUAAAGAUCUAAGUAACAGCCGAUAUAGAUCUAUUAUUACUAUUAUAUUUCAUUUGCAUAAAAAUAAUUAAUAAUUAAAGAAAUGGGAACUUUGACUGCUUCAAAUUCAAAUCAUGUAAAUUUAUACUCAAAUGUUCAUUUUGAAAAGAGAAUGGUUGCUGCUGCUGAGGCAGGGGAUAUCUCCACGUUAAGGAAACUAAUAAGAAAGAAAAUACCCAUUUCUGUAACUGACGACUAUGGUAAUUCACCGCUCAGUGUUGCAUGUCUCGCUGGACACAGUGAGGUUGUGAAAAUACUUCUUGAUGCUGGUGUUGAUAUGGAUCAGACAGUAGGGUCUAAUGUAUCACCUCUCCAUUUAGCCGCUAGAAAUAACAGAACAAGCACGGUUAAAUAUCUAGUUGCUGCAGGCGCUCAACUCAAAACAAGAAACGACAACAGCCUUAUUCCUAAAGACAUGUGCAAGUAUAACUCAGAGACAUGGAAAGUAUUAAAAGCAGCUGAGAAAGGUGAAAUGCCUGAUCUUGUUGUUGAGUCUGAUGUACCAGAAAUUCCAGACUUUUCAAUUCCUAAAGUUGAGAAAAAAUCAGAUUCAAAAACCAAAAAGAAAGGAAAAAAGGGAAAGUCUGGAAAGGGAAAAAAGAAAAAAGGAGGAAAGAAAAAAAAGAAAGGGAAGAGAAAGAAGUGAUGUGUGUAAGAAUUGAAUAUUGUUUCUCAUCCCUUAAAGUUAAUACUUAUCUAUCCUGUCCAGAACAUGAAGCAGAAAUCAAAAAGCAACUUAUAUUCUCAGUAUCUUUUUGCUUAAAAUUUUCUAUAGGAUUAUGUUGUAGCUUUUGAAAAUUGCACUCUUUAUAGAAACAGCUUUGUUGUCAUGCUAUAUUUAAAUUGUUUACCAAGACUCACAAUCUUACUAGUCAUCUGUCACAGACUUUAUAUAGUUUUGUAUUAUGUAGCCGUGUUGAAUUAAUGCUUCAUCUUUACUCUGAUUGAAAAUUAAUAUAUUUGAAAUUUAUUUAUUUUUGUAAUGGCAAAGGUAUAAAAAAAUUAAAUUGUAUUCCAGCCUGUAAGCUGAAGAAUUUAUUGUGGGUUUUUUUUUUCAAUUAUAAUUAAGCAUUAAUUGCAAAAACAUUUACCAACAUGACAAUUAAUAUUAAAGAUGUAAUUUUUU